GCACUAAUGCUAAAUUACAAGAUCUCUUAGAUGAUAUCUCUCAAAUAGUCAAUACGAAGCUUAAUGAUCUUGAUAAUAAACUUAAAGCUCUUUAUAAUUAUCUUAUCUACCCAAUAAAGGCUAAAGAGCUUUUGUCUAUUUCUAAAGAAGAUAUUGUUUAUAAGUUUCCUGAUGAUAAUCAAGUUAUUGUAGAUAUCAUAAAUUUAUUCAAAACAACUAAUUAA